CUGCGUCGGGGUUGUUGCGAUAUAGCAGACGGAACAUACGUAUCGCAUUUCGACUUUUACGUCUCAUUAAUGUGCGCAAAUUCGUUACUGGGCACGCACGCAUCGUGUGUUCGAUAUUAUUUUUAAAUAUCUUUUCGGAUUUUUCUUCUUUCAACAUCUACUUCGUGUUGUUUCGUGCAAUAAAUUUUGUAUUUAUUUGAACUUGGUCAAUACGUCAACGUGACAGUUAUUUACCGACCGAAUGAAAGAUGUGCAAACACAAGUAGAGCUUUCAAUGAAAUUCGAAAUGUUUUGAUGUGUUGUGAAGCGAGUGUGCCCCCUGGAAGUCAACUGUAGCGAUAAUGCAAACUGUUGUGUUUCAUACCACACGUUUGAUAAAAACCAUCGAAUAGGAAUUUUCCAAUGAACAUUCCACUGUAUGGACUUCUUGGAGUUGCAGCGGCUCUGUUCAUAUAUCUUGUUGGAAUCGGAACAAUUGUGAAACUAUUCAUUUGCCUGAUUGCCUUACUUUUAGGAACAAUCACUUGUAUAUUUAGGACAUAUAGCCCAAAUCUCGAUAACGUUAUUAAAUCUGAAAGGGAAGACUUAAAUAAGAAGACUGAAAAGUUUCGGCAGUAUAUCCUAGAACUAUCGAAGCAGAAGUCAAACUUUACUUUAGAUAGAAGAAUCACUGGUAGCCGUAUUAUUGACGAGUCCCUGCAAGAGAUAUUAGAUUUCGUUAUCAGAGAUUACGUGGAACCAUGGUACAACGUUAUUACAGACGACGAAGAGUUCAUAUACUCCGUGCGGGAUACUGCUCAAAAAAUAGCUAUCAAUAUUGCAAAUCAAGUGAAAGGUGUAGACUGGAUACCUUACUUAACAACUCGUCUCGUCGACGAUGCAGCUUCUCAUGUGAGACUGUAUCGGCAGGCAAGAGCGAGAGUAAAACAGCUUCGAUCGAAAAAACUACAAAAAGGUAGUGCAAGCUCAAGCACGUCGAGCGGAACUCCGAAGAAAACGCCUACUCACAGGCGGAAUAAAAGCGAAACGGAUGUAUCGUGGUAUUCUCAGUCAAAGUUUUACAUUCCUAAUUUAUCGUCCCUCACCGAACCGAUCGAAACUGGCGAGGAGAAGGAAGAAGAGUCACUGGAGAAGAUAUUCUUCGACCUCGAGGUGCAGAUGGAGAACAAUAUGAUAUGCAGAGAUCUGGUGUGUACCAACAGUAUGGAGGAACUCGAAUUUUUGGGCGAGAUAUCGGAAAUCCUGUUGUAUUUAGUAUUACCAAAGGGGGACUUUGAUUGUCUGACUGUGAGAUUUAUAUUAAGGGAGUUGUUAGUAAACGUAAUAAUUAGGCCACUGUUGGAUUUAUUCUCUGACCCUGAUUAUAUUAAUCAGGUGUGUAUAUGGCUGUGCAUUAAAGAAGCUGGCUUACCGAGCGAUGUGUUUUUAACAGUGAUCAGAAUCACAGAUAGCUUAGACGAACUAACAGCGACGAAAAGCAUAGUUUGUAAAGAAAUAGCUCACUUACGCUCUAAGGAUUCAGGUAGGGAGGACGAUCUGUCCGUCAAGCAGCAGCUAAACAGUUUGCUCUAUGUGAAAAAAAUCUUGGAGACCAGGAUUAUCGGGAUGCAAGAAGGUUUGGAGUCGGAGACUGAUGGAAUUGGUGCUCAACCAGACUGGAAUAGGUUGCUGAUACCGGGUCAAAAGUUAGUGAAUUUACCAUUGGAUGAAUUACUGAAAAAUAACAUUGCAUUGAGUUACUUUAUCGACUACAUGACUUCCAUAAACGCAGAAUCAUACUUAUAUUUUUAUCUGAAUAUAUACGGCUGGAGAGUGUCUGCCGAGCAGCAAAUAUCCGAUAUAGAAUUACAGAAGCUACACGCGGCUCAUGGCGGUUCUAGUGUGAUGGGUGCCAAGCGUAAAAAUACCGACUUGGAGAAUUUAAAAGAAGCAGCUACGAAGAUUUAUCAGCAGUACCUUAGCGACAAGGCGUCGCCAAAGUUGCAAUUAGACGACGUUUUGGUAAAGAUUUUAUUAACUAAAAUAAGGACCGAGUCCGUAAAAGAGACGUGGUUCGACGACCUUCGAGUCUGUUGUUAUGAGAAAUUGCAGAACGAAGAUCGAUUUCUGCCAGGCUUUAAAAGGUCGGUGGCCUACGUGAAACUCCUCGCUGAAUUGGACUUGCUCAAGGAUCCACCCUCGGAAGAGGACACGAAAUCUUUGGAUAGCAUCAGUCUGUCCAGUACAAACAACGAACUCGAGACUCUGGACGAGAUGUCCGAGCUGUACAAACCGAACGAAACGAAGGCAGCCGAGUCGAAGGAUAGCAAAUCACAAUCGAACUCGUCGGUUAGUUUAGCAAAUAUUGUAGAACCCAACGAAAUUAAAACGGUUGACGAAACUGACUCUGAGGCGAGUGUUAGAACUACUAAAAGUGCGAAAAGAGCGAUCGGUAUCGACAACGAUAAUAUAGUUGAAGGCAAGGAUCUGACAUUUUACUUAGAAUCAAACGCGAACCAGUAUGUCAAGUUAGACGAGGACGCAUACAAUCAGAAUGCGAUUAAAAAAUUACAACAGGGUCGAUUCGAGAUCAACGCUAAGAUCAUAGAAACUGGUAUCGUGAAUGACCGCGGGAAAACCUAUGGCAUCUAUGCGGUGGCUGUGACGAAGAGCUACGAUUCAGGGUAUCAGGAGAAGUGGCACAUUUAUAGAAGAUACUCUGACUUUUACGAUCUGCAUCAGAAAAUAAAGGAGAAGUAUUACGAUCUAGCGAAAAUACCUUUCCCAGCGAAGAAAGCUUUUCAUAAUAUGGAGAGGGCAGUUUUAGAGAGAAGAAUGUUGAUGCUGAACGCUUGGUUGAAUCAAUUAAUGAAACCGACGGUAGUCGACGGCCACAUGGGUCUGCAGAACUUGUUGCUGAAUUUUUUAGAGCAGGGGGAUUACGAUAAAGGUGUUACCGGUGGACAUAUAUCCAGAACGAUAGAUAGUUUGAUGAAUCCUUUGAAGACGUCCAUGAAGACUGUGACGCAAGCCGUCAAAACCAUGCCAGAUAACAUGCUGAACACCGUGGACGGUGUCAUGGACAAUAUAAGCAAGUUUUUUGGCAAUCCAAAGAAACCUAACGCAUUUUACGAAAACACUAAAGUUGGUGCUGGUCUUGACGUAGAGACUGACGAUAAUAUUCCUCUGCGUAUAAUGCUCUUGCUGAUGGAUGAGAUCUUCGAUCUAAAAGUGCGGAAUCAGUGGCUUAGGCGGCGGAUCGUCACGCUUUUGAGACAAAUUAUUCGCACUAUGUUUGGGGAUAUAGUGAAUCGAAGAAUAGUGGAGUACGUGUCAUUGUUGACUAGUCCAGCGAAAGUCGCUGGGUAUCUGAAGGCCUUCAAAAACAGCUUUUGGCCAAACGGUGUCAAGGCCGAGAAAAAACCACCGCGUGACAUGGAAACGAAAAACAGAACUAGAGUAGCAGCCAAAGUUGCUUUGUUGUCCUGUCUCUCGGACGAGCUAAAGCAUAUCAUCGGUAGCGAAACGACGAGGCGAGGUCUUUUAAGAGUAUUCGAAUUGUUUCAACGACCUGUGUUAAACAGAAGACUGUUGUACGUGCUCUUGGAGGGGAUAAUAGAGACGCUGUUUCCUCAGAACAAUUUAGUAGACAUUUUUCGCAAACUUUACUCCGUUUCACCGAGGGUACAAAGCAGGCGUACACAGAGGUCUUAAUGCCAAAGGGAAGAAGAUACGACUAGCGUUCUAUUCGAUAUGCUCGCAGUUUGAAAUAUUCACGACUUCUCUCAUCGAUUAAAGAAACGCAUAACAAUCAGGUAGUCGUGUCGCGUGUUGAUUAGUGCUCGACGAGAAUUGUAAAAUACAAGAGACUUACUUAAGUAUUAUAGUAUUCCAUCGAUGCUCUAAGUCCUGAAAGCUUGUUAGUUAGGGGUGUCGAAAUGUGCACUCAAUCCUUCACGUUCACAUCGGGAUCGAAAAAUGUGAAUGAUUUCAAACAGGCAACUAAUGGAAACAUUCUUCAACUGGGAACAAAAUGAAAGUUUACAGGCUUUCAGUCUCUACGAUUUAUAUGUAUAUUCGGUAAUAAGUAAGCACAGUAAUUCAGUGGCCAAAUAAUACAAUUAUAUAAUUAAUUCAAAAUACGCUAAUCGAAUUCAUCUUAAGAUUCAAUUCUUCUUGAUAUUACGUACUAUAAUGGUUACGACCUUUUCGCAAUUACCUCGUAGGAACACGUAUUGAGAACUACGCAUUCCAUUUGCAUUUCGACUUCUUUUUACACGUAGCAUACAUAUUAAGAGACCAACGCGACACUUAACGCAAACGAGAAUGCAAUGAUGGUUUGAUGGAUCCGCUCGUUAGCAUUAAUGAUCGCGGGCGCUAUAGUUACUUCGUUGAAACGUCCGUACACGUUUGUGCCAUCCGCGUAGCGUCUAAUUUAUUUAUUCGUAAAAUUGUUUAAUCUGGUAUCACUUACGAAAUAUAUAGGUUGUCAAAUUUAAUUUAUCUCUGUCGAUGAUGUUGACCCUUCGACGGUGUAAAAUUGUUGUAAAUGUCGUACGACUGUACAUAAAGUUAUUUCUAUCGUGUUAAAGCGCCAUAUCUAUCACGUUUACUGAUUAAAGCAACUGUUUAUAA